CUUCUCUCCCCACUACCUUCCUCUUCUCCAUUUUGCCAUUCUCCCCACAACUUUCUUCUUCUCUCAGAAACAAAGUUGCACACAAGCGGUGCCACAACCUUAUUCUUCUGCAUUUCUUUUAGUCUCUCAGAAACAAACUUCAAGAAUCCCAAAAACGUUUAACCCAAAAAAAACACAAUCUUCUUGAUGCUGUUUGGGUGCUGAGAAAGUGUGGGAAAGCAAAGGGAAAUAGGUUUUUUUUCUUAUUUUGGGAUUACAGACCUGGUAAUUGUCAAUGUUUGAGGUUUGAACUCUGAUGAAUUAGGAUUAGAAACAGGGAAGAGCCGGGAGGUUUCUGUCAGUUCUUUUUCCCUUUUGGCACUCUUAUUAUUCUGGGCUUGUAUCACAAAUUACAAUGUCGGUGACAGCAGGUGUUAGUGAUACUAUAAUUGCCAUUAGGGAUAAGCUUAGGGGAAAAAUUGGGCAAACAAAAGUUAAAAGGUAUUGGCCUGGUAGAGCACCUGAAUGGGCUGAUGAUGCCCAUGAAGAUGGAGAUGUUCAGAUGGAUAGAGUGGUUGCUCUGGAACAAGCGUUCCCGAGUCAGGAAGACUCAAAUAUUGUUAGGAAGGAUGAUGCUAGGCUGCGUCGCUUGGCUCAGAGUAGGAUAGAUAAUCGUGAGGAAGUGAGAGCUGAUCACCGGCGCAUUCGACAAGCUGAGAUUGUUUCAACAAUUGAAGAGGAAGCUAGAAGGCAGGAAAAGUUAGAUAUGGAGGAAGAUGAUGCAGAUGCUUUAGAGGAAAGGAGAAGAAGAAUUAGGGAGAAGUUGCUUCAGGAGCAGGAAGAGGCUGCAUUUCCGGAAGAAGAGGAGGAGGAGGUAGAGGAGGAGGAGGAGGAGGAAGAGGAAUCUGAAUAUGAGACUGACUCGGAGGAAGAACAUGUGGGUAUUGCAAUGGUUAAGCCUGUCUUUGUUCCCAAGUCAGAGAGGGAUACCAUUGCUGAGCGGGAACGUCUUGAGGCUGAGGAACGGGCCCUUGAGGAAUCAAAGAAGAAGAGAUUGGAGGAGAGGAAGAUGCAGACCAAGCAGAUUGUGGUUGAGGAGAUCCGAAAGGAUGAAGAGAUUCAUAAGAAUUUGGAAAUGGAGGCAAAUAUUGCUGAUGUGGAUACUGAUGAUGAAAUUAAUGAGGCAGAGGAGUAUGAAGCUUGGAAGGUGAGGGAGAUUGCUAGGAUCAAGAGGGAUAGGGAGGACCGUGAGUCGAUGUUGAAGGAGAAGGAAGAGAUUGAGAGGGUGAGAAACAUGACAGAGGAAGAGAGGAGGGAGUGGGAGAGGAAGAAUCCAAAACCUGCUCCACCACCAAAGCAGAAAUGGAGGUUCAUGCAGAAAUAUUACCACAAGGGUGUAUUCUUCCAGUCAAAUGCUGAUGACACUGCUGCAACUGCUGGAUCAGAUAAUAUUUACACUCGGGAUUUCUCUGCCCCAACUGGAGAAGAUAAGAUGGACAAGACAAUAUUGCCUAAGGUCAUGCAGGUCAAGCACUUUGGUCGUAGUGGAAGGACAAAAUGGACUCAUCUUGUCAAUGAGGAUACAACCGACUGGGAAAACCCGUGGACAUACAAUGAUCCUCUACGCACAAAAUACAAUGCAAAAAUGGCUGGAAUGAAUGCACCUAUAGCAAAACCUAAAGGAAGCAAGAAAUUGAAGGAUUGGGAGUCUCGUUGAUUUUAGAGCAAGUAUAGAAAGUAUUCCUGUAGCCUUUUUAUCAAUCAUCUUAUUGGAGAAUUGAAUAUGUAGGCUUGAUAGCCUCCUUUUGUACUUAUUUUAGAAGCAGGCUAAGGCGCUUAUUAUGAAUUCAAAGCAACUAAGGCAGGUGAAGAUAGCUUGAGUUUUGUAGACAGAAAUGCACCUUAGAAUAUUUCAACAUGAGAUUACGAUUUGGUGACCUCAGAAAUACACAUAUUUUUCGGUUUUUUCUAAGGUGGGGGAGGGGAAUAGACGUGUUUGAUCAUUUUGACUUGCAUUGUUUCAGUUUGUAGGAAAGCCACUUCAUUUGAAAUUGAGAUAAGUUAUUUUGAUUAAAAUUUUAUUUUUUGAA